CAUUGUUACUUGAAAAGAAAAAUUUCUAAAAAAUGACGUGUGUUUUCCGUAACCUGUCAAUCAAAAUAGUAUUCAGUAAAAAUUACGGAACAGGUACUCACUUUAUCAGUGAACUUUCAGGAAAAAGUAGGAACCGUUCAGUGAAAGAAUACCGUAAUUUCAAAUAAAUACUGUUUUAUUUUUUAUUUUUAUUUAAUUUUCCGUUUUAAAUAAUACUAUUUUAUUAACUAUCUACUUUGUUCACUGGCAGAUUACGGAACAGACACGAAAUUUUUAAAGAGUUUUUCUCGCCAUGCACAGCACAUGAUGUAAGUUCUCCUCAGGACAUUCAUAUUUACAUUAUGCAGAACUGAUAACUUCUGUUCUGGCGAAGGAAAUGACUGAACUGAGGUAUUUGCAGCUCUUGCACGUCAUAGAACUUUGAUUUCAAUUUUAUCCGUCGUCAGACUAUAAUUUUUUAAAAUUCAAAUUCUUACCAUAAUUAAUAUGCUGAAAAAAUGUAACUAUUUUUACCGAUGUUGGGGAUCGAACCGAGGACAUAUGACGGUACUAAUCCUAUGCUCCAACCACUGGAUUAUUACCCUGCUAGUAUUGAAUGAAUUCAGUUUUGCUCAUAUGAUGUGUAUUGAAAAUAUUUGUUCACUUUAAAAAUAUUUACAUAUUGUAAUAUAUGUUGCGAAAAUUUCUUCAAUUGAAAUUCUAUCUUAUUUUUAACAAUCAUAAUAUUAACAACAACAACAACAAUUCAUAAUAAUAAUAACAAUAAUAAUAUACAGGGGUGCAGGGGUUCAGAUAGAAUAAUGUAUGAAUAAUUGAAUAAUUGUCUUCAAGCCCACCUGAUCCAAAAUUGAUCAGAAUAAUUGUAGGCGCCAGUUAAAUUUCAGAUGAGGUUGGCCGGAUCAGAAUUGAAUCCGAAUAUUUGCAAGCAACUGGACCUCAGUCUGAAAUCAAUCGUACCUCAUCCGAUCCCCAUCAAAGUAAUUGCAGACGGAUAAUUCAAUUUGAAAUCAGGUUAACCUGAUCCGAAUAAUUGCCGAAGAAAGGGCUUCAGUUUACCUUCAGGUUUACCCAAUCGGAACGUGAUUAAAAUGAUCAUAGUAAUACGGAUCCGGUUGAGUAAAUCAGAGACUGAUCAAUUCUUCAGCACGUUCCACCUGACCAGCUGAACCUGAGCACCGCCAUGUCAAUUUCUGGUCAACCCUGAGGCUCGCCGGCUGACGUAAUUUCCACUCGGAACCCCGUCAAUGCAGAGCUUAUGUGUAAUGUAAGACUGUACACGAAAAAGACAUUUCGACAUGUUUAUCUUCUGGAGGACUAUCACCUAUGUAUAUCAUGUGGUCAACAGAGCCACUUCAGAUCAUUGCCAUCUUAUGAAUCACUAGAAGGAAUUGGAAUAGUGGAAAGCAAGAAAUAUACCCGUGGAGCUGAGAGUCAAGACGUUAAUCCACGUUUGGGGAUUUUCUGAUUCUCAAAGGGAAGAAAACGAAUGAUUAAACAAUUAAUCGAAAUUAAAUGAAUGAGCAGUUCAAUAUAGAUCUACUUCCUGUUCUCACUAGACUAGAACUUGUCAAAAUUAUACACAAUUUCAUUACAACAAACAAUAUUCGAAUUUAGAAUAUUAAAAGUUCAGUGUAUCCAACUGGAGAGAACAAUAUGAUGUGCGACCGUGCGAUGAUAAAUAAUUUAUUGGAGGUUUCCUAUGAUGAAAGGCGUCCAUUCGGAAGCAAAUAAAAAAAGCAUCGAUAUUUCGAAAUUCUGUUAUCCUGAUUCGUCAUUGGUUCGCAGCUACCCAAGGCGGCCAAUUUAAAUUAAAAAUUCAUAAGUAAAAUUCAUUUAAUUUUCAAAUUUUCAAUCAUGAUUUUUAUAAUUGCAGCGCACCAUCGGUCUCGUCCUACUUUAAAACGAAUAGUCAUCGGUACUAUCGAUAUCUCGAUAGUAUGUUACACUUAUUCCUCAUCGGAGGAUUCCCCUGAGGCGGCUAAUUUAAGGCCAGAACUCAUUCAAAUUUCAAAUGAUCAAUUCUAAUUAAUAUAAUUACCGCGCACGUUCAGCCUGGUAACACAUGAAAAAAUGUGUUUUGUAUUUUUCAGUUCCACCGACGUCUGGACUCUUACAAGGCACUUCGAGUACAAUGCACCCUAAACGAGUCUUGAAUGUAUAUGCAUCACCUGCCCGUCAUUAUAAGCUAUUUGCUACCAGAUAGGCACCUCUCACCCCUUUAUCUAUUUCGUGGAAAAAAAAAUUCACGCGUAAUGAUGAUGAGCAAUUGUCUUGUCAACCAUAAAAACUUUUCUCUAGGCAGUUUUUAUUUUCGCUAUCAUCGCUUGCAUUAUUUGUUAGACACGAGAGAGGGGAGGAAUAAGUGGGGUAGAACGAAUAUUCGGUAAGUAGGAGUCCUCAGUACAGUUGCAGCUCUUGUAAAAUGGAAUUUUGGGACAGAUCUUAUUACCAAUCGACGAAGGUGUUGACUGCCUUCAUUGGGGUCUGGCCAUAUCAGACGAAUAGAGAAGCUUUCCCUUAUCGAUGUUUAUGUUUCGUGGGGUAUAUGGGUGUCAUUGUACCUCAGCUCUUGGCUCUACGUCAUUAUUAUAAUGAUGCACCUCUUGUCAUUGAGUCGGUUAGUGUGUUUUUGAUUGACACGACGUUUCUAUGCGGUGCUUGCACUUUCUUCUUCAAAUUUGAUAAGAUGAGGGAAAUUUUAGACAGAAUGAGUGAGAACUGGCGAACUUUCCCUCCGCGGGAGGGUCCGGAGCUCCAAGGAAUGGCUAUUUUCUAUGCAGGUGGUACCUUUGCAACAGGGGUUAUCUUCACAACAAAAUCCAUACAAGUGAGAAUGAUCUAUCGAUUAAUUGGAGAAAAUACAUCAUCUGUUCCUCAAUUUUACAUGCCACUGGAAUAUCCCAUGAUUGAUGUUGAUAAAUAUUAUAUCCCUAUAAUGUUCUCGGUUAUAACCAGUGUCACGAUUAUGCUAGUGAUGAUCGUUUCUUACGAUUUGUUCUUCUUCAUCGGUACGCGUCACGCUUGUGGUUUAUUCGCAGCACUAGGAUGCUACAUUGACCAAACACCAGAGAACGAAGAGGCGUUUGAUCAUCUGAAGUUUUUCGUUCAAAUUCAUGACCGUGCGAUCAAAUUCACACAACUAUUGGAUGAAACGUGUCUCUGGAGCAAUAUGAUAUUUUUGGCUAUUUCAGCGCUGAAUAUAAGCAUAAUUGGAUUACAGAUGGUACGCCGCGCUGAUAGAAUUGGAGAGACUGUUCAAUAUGCAGUCUAUAUAAUUUUGUUAUUGCUACGGUUCUUCAUAAUAUGCUCCUUUGCUCAAGAACUGAUCAAUCUCAGCUGUAACAUCGAGAACUGCUUAAGGAAUAUCGGAUGGUUCAAUCUGUCCAAGAAAGCAAAGGAUCUGAUACGACUUGGGAUUCUCAAGAGUCAAUUCCCCUGUACAUUGAGUGCGGGAAAAACACUGGUGCUAUCAGCAGAAUUAUUUCUAUCGGCUACAAGAGCUUCGGCAUCAUAUAUGACAGUCCUAGUAGCCAUGCAGUAAUUUAUUCCGGCACUCACUAUGGUUCAAAUGAUAAUUAUGUUUUAUCCUGUUCAGUUAUUGUAAUUGAUGACCAAAUACAAAAUUCUCCGAUUUAUAUAUUUUCUUGGAUAUUUAGGAGAAAAUUAUCUUAACACACUCAAUUGCACCGAAUGUGGCUUCUUAAAUAUUACCUUGAUUCGAUCAUAGUUAACGAAUCAUGGUAACAGUUGAAGUAACUUCACGCUUUUAGUAAAUUCAGAGAUUAUCGAAAACUGCGCAAAAUUUUUUAGAAAAUUCGAUGUCAUUUGGUGUCGUAAUUUUUUCGUCAUGUUAAUUAUCGUUUCUCAACCUGGAGAGUGAGAUCGGUAGAAAUCGAAAUAAAUAGGGUGUGUUACGGGAGGAUAAGUGGAUCAGAACGCUGACAGUUGACAACUGACAGCUGUUAUUUACGCACGACGUGCGUAAAGUGAAAUUUCCUACUGCCAGAAGACAAUUACUCGACAUUAAACAAUUAUUUUAAAUAGGAAAAUCGGGGGAUAUCAUCAAGAGUAGAAUUCAUUCUCAGGGGACACGAAAAAGUGAACUUUACGCACUAAUAAUCGUAUUUCAUCUUUUAUGUUCUAUAUUUUAUAUUUUAUAUUUAUUUUAUAUUUUAUACUACAGCAUAAUCCAGCGAUCAUAAUGAGCUCACUCCAUUUCACUGCUCAGAUGAUCACCGAUACGAGAGAAAUGUAUUGGGAAAGUUCCAUAACCGAUUUUACAGUCUCUGCUGCAUCCAAAAAAUAUUCUAUUACGAAUGAACCUUCAGCCGACAUCUUACCAACGUUGCACUGAGCAGCUUGACGCUCUUUACAGAAUAUUACAUUCACGAGAGGCGCCAUCUGUGAGACUCCAGAUAAUACAUUUCAUUUGAACUAUCGCCAAAUAAUAUUUCUCAGUUGGUAUAGUGUUAUUCUACUUACCACCGUUGAUAAUUGCCCGGUUAAAAAGAUAUAAUUACAAAAUCAUGUAUAAAGUAAGAGAAUAAUCGGCUAUUAAAUGAUCCUCCCAAAAACAUGACUUGAUAUCGAUUUAUGAUAAUUUGUUUAUAAUGACAAUUAACUGUAAAUGUAACUAAUUAUCCUGAUGAACCAUUAGUCUCUGUAUGCAAUUUAUGAUGCAAAGAGGACAAUUUACCAGCAGUCAUCUCUACACUGUUUUCUUAAUUUUAUUAUAUAUCACUCAUUUUAUUGUAUAUCAGAGAAAAAAAUUCUUGAAAAAUUAUGUGUCGAUUCCAUAAUCGGCCAGUCAAAACAGUGUUCAGUAAAAAUUACGGAACACAGGGAGAGAAAAAUUGUGUAAAAAUUACGUGCCACUUCCGUAAUCUGCCUGUUAUAAAAAUAUUCGGUAAAAAUUACGGAACGAUCACGCACUUUUUCAGUGAAGUUCCAGGAAAAGUCCAAAAUGUACCAGGAAAAGUAUGGAACGUUCAGUAAAAAAAGGCAUUACUGUUCGGUAAUUUUUACGGAAUACUGCGUUGACUGGCAGAUUAUGGAACAGACACGUAAUUUUUAAGGAAUUGUUCUCUCCGGGCAGUGACACAUUUUUUUACUGAACGUUCCAUACUUUUACGGAACGUUCUGGACUUUUUCCUGAAAAUUCACUGAAAAAGUACGUAACUGUUCUGUAAUUUUUAUCGAAUAUUGUUGAGACUGGCAGUAAUUUUUCAAGAAUUUUUCUCUUUGUGUAGGAUAUGCUAUACGAUGGACCUCAGUUCAAAUGGUUAGAUUGCACCAUUUGACCCUUCUGGGGUUGGAACUCGGAGCCUUUGCAUGUGAAGGAAUGAACAACUACCCACUAUGUCGAGCCCCUGGAC